UUGACUCCUCGAGUCAUCUCAGAACUCUCUUCCCGUGUUUCGUGAAGACUUUCUGAUCUUCUUUCCAGCCACCACGUCUGUCAUGCAGUUGUGAACUUGUGAUCAAAUCACACCACCACUGCAAUACUCGGAUUAACGCCGCCGAGUAAAAAAGGACAAAAGUGUCGCCCUUUGACCAGCAACAAGCCAACAACCCACAGAACCAGGACACGUCACUUAGUGAGAGGUAACCAACUUAGCGGCAUCCAAAUCCCCGUCAUACCGAUUCCCAACGCAACCUUCUUCCUUUUUACUCUCUCUCUCUCUCUUCUCUGUAAAUUCAUGGCCACCGCCACGCGCCUACGGCGUCUGGGAGCCGCGGCGGCGAUCGCAACCGCGGCCAGCGGCGUCCUCCUCAUCCAACCGUCCUCCACCGCCGCCGACCGCGGCAGUGGAACCUCUGUCGCGGAGGUUCGGCAGAGGAUCAGCGACCGGAACGCCUCUGUUCCGCCGCGGUCCGCGCAGGAGUCGGCUCUGAUCGCCGCCGGCCCCGGCAACCCGCUCGACAUUCUCGUCAUCGGCGGCGGUGCCACUGGUAGUGGCGUCGCGCUUGAUGCUGCUACUAGAGGCCUCAGAAUUGGUCUCGUUGAGAGGGAGGACUUCGCCUCCGGAACUUCGUCUCGGUCCACCAAGCUUCUUCAUGGAGGUGUUCGCUAUUUGGAGAAAGCUGUGUUUAAUCUAGACUAUGGCCAGCUGAAGUUAGUGUUCCAUGCGCUUGAGGAGCGUAAACAGGUUAUUGAUAAUGCGCCACACCUGUGCCAUGCUCUGCCGUGCAUGACACCGUGUUUUGGGUGGUUCGACGUUGUGUAUUACUGGGCGGGGUUGAAAAUGUACGAUUUAGUGGCAGGGUUCCGGCUGCUACAUGUGUCGAGAUAUUACUCUGCACAGGAGUCUGUAGAGCUGUUUCCUACAUUGUUGAGGAACGGUCCAGAUAAGAGCUUGAAGGGCACUGUGGUGUAUUAUGAUGGCCAGAUGAAUGAUUCGCGUCUCAAUGUUGGAUUGGCGUGCACUGCUGCUAUAGCUGGUGCCGCGGUGCUUAAUCAUGCGGAAGUGAUUGGUUUUCUAAAGGAUAAGGAUACCAAUCGGACAAUUGGUGCGAGAAUCCGGGACAACUUAACAGGCGAAGAGUUCGAAACAUAUGCAAAAGUUGUUGUCAAUGCUGCUGGACCAUUUUGUGAUUCCGUAAGGAAGUUAACUGAUAAAAAUGUAAAACCUAUGAUAUGCCCGAGCAGUGGUGUGCACAUUAUACUUCCUGACUAUUAUUCUCCUGAGGGUAUGGGAUUGAUCGUUCCUAAAACAAAAGAUGGACGUGUUGUCUUCAUGCUGCCAUGGUUGGGACGGACAGUUGCUGGCACCACAGAUUCCAACACAGAGAUUACUCUUCUUCCUGAACCACAUGAGGAUGAGAUUCAAUUCAUACUGGAUGCCAUUUCUGAUUACCUUAAUGUCAAGGUACGACGUACUGAUGUUCUCUCUGCCUGGAGUGGCAUUCGCCCAUUGGCAACAGAUCCAUCUGCUAAAAACACUGAAAGUAUCUCUAGAGAUCAUGUUGUAUGUGAAGAUUAUCCUGGACUUGUCACAAUUACCGGUGGGAAGUGGACUACUUACCGUGGCAUGGCAGAAGAUGCAGUUAAUGCAGCCAUCAAGUCUGGAAAGCUGACCCCGGAAAAUGGAUGUGUAACCCCAAACCUACAUAUUGUUGGUGGAGAUGGAUGGGACCCUGCAUCUUUCACAGUUAUUGCUCAACAAUACAUGCGAAUGAAGAAGAGUCAUGGUAAAGUUGUUCCUGGAGUAAUGGACACUGCAGCAGCAAAGCAUCUGUCCCAUGCCUAUGGUACUCUUGCUGAACGGGUUGCUGCCAUUGCUCAGAAUGAAAACUUGGGGAAACGACUUGCCCAUGGGUACCCUUAUCUAGAGGCCGAAGUUGCUUACUGUGCACGAAAUGAGUACUGUGAGUCGGCCAUUGAUUUCAUUGCUCGGAGAUCUCGGCUUGCUUUCCUUGAUACUGAUGCAGCAGGCAGGGCAUUGCCUCGCGUAAUUGAAAUAUUGGCAACGGAACACAAAUGGGACAAUUCAAGACAGAAGUGUGAGUUAGAGAUGGCCCGUAAAUUCUUGGAGACGUUCAAAUCUUCAAAAAAUGCUCAGUUCCAUGAUGGGAAACACAAUGAGUAGUAGUAAGGUUUGUGAAUUCAAUUUUUGCGGAUACGUCAGAGAGCAAUUCGCCGGCUAAUUCUGGCGCAAUGAAGUAGGGCCUAUAAUUUGCCUCUUUCUCCCCAUUUCUUGAAGUUACUCGGCAAUCAGAAUAGUCUGUAUGCCACACAGAAUUUGGUGAUAGUUUACAAAUAGUUUCAAAAUUUACUUUGCUUAAAAUAGAGGCCUACUGUCACCGGCCACAAUAAUUUGUUAUAUAAUAUCAUCUCUCUUCCAGAGUUGGUGUUAGUGUUACCAAUUGAUUCCAAUAAGGUGUACUAUGAUUAUAAUGUUGGGAAAGAAAGGAAAAGAAAUCCCAAAUUAUUUGAGUCUUUCAGUUAUGGUGUGUAACUUGGGUGAACCAGAAGGAUCAAAUAAAGUGGUUUCUUUAGUU